AGAUGCACUUUCGGAUCACCUGACUCGGUGACGUCACAGAGGUGACAUAAAGCACCUAUUUGGACGCCUGAGCGAAAGAGUUAAAGAGAAGCAAGACCGCACCCACGGUCUUGCUCACACACGAACAAAUACAGCAUUCGUUUAUUUUUUCUCUUCACUUGGUGCAGUCAUGGUUUCUGGAAUACUUUGGCUGGUCCUGCUCGCAUGCUGCGCGCCGACCUGUCUUUCAACAGAAGAUCUGAGAGGCUUCACUGGUACGGAGACUGAAAACAAAGCAGUGUGGGUCACCGCCCAGGCCGAACACGUCCUAAGCAGUCGCCUUACGACCCUCUUCCUACCAAUUAUCUACAUCAUUGUGUUUGCUGUUGGUCUGCCCACGAAUGCCUUGGCUAUUUGGGUUUUCCUCUUUCGCACCAAGGAGAAACAUCCGUCCUCAAUCUACAUGGCCAACCUGGCUCUGGCCGACCUGCUCUUUGUCAUCUGGGUCCCACUGAAAAUAUCCUACCACUUUAAUGGCAACAACUGGAUCUAUGGGGAUGGUAUGUGCAAAGUGCUAGUGGCGUUUUUCUAUGGUAACAUGUACUGCUCAAUCUGCUUCAUCACCUGCAUUAGUGUUCAGCGGUACUGGGCCAUAGUUAGCCCCUUGUCACGAAAGCAUAGGAGCAACCGUCUCGCUGUUGGCGUCUCUGUGGCAGUGUGGCUAACCAUCUGGCUGAUCACGGUUCCUCUCUACCUGUAUGAUCAAGCAGUAUAUGUAGAAAACCUCAGCAUCUGGACCUGCCAUGAUGUCACCAGGCCCAGUCAAAGGAAAAUAGCAGCGGGGUACUUCCUCACGAUGGGAUUGCUGGGCUUUAUCGUUCCCACAGUGGUGUGCAUCAUAUCUUAUGUCUUCAUGCUUAAGGCUCUCAGGAACAGCAUGGCCGAUUCUACCAUUGCCAAGAAGAGACGGAAGGCUGUGGUGUUAAUCAUCACAGUGCUGGUCAUGUUCUUGGUCUGCUUCACUCCUAGUAACAUCAUGCUGCUGGUACACUAUAGCCUCCUCUUGCGUGAAGCUACAAACAACUUGUACGGCUUCUACAUCACCACGCUGUGCCUCGCAAGUCUCAAUAGCUGCCUGGACCCCUUUGUGUACUACUUUAUUUCUGAGGAUUUCAGAGAGCAUGUGAAAAACACAUUCCUCUGCAGAAGUGAGAGGACAGUAGAGAGGAUGAGAGUCUCUUUCAGUGCUCUGAAGUUCUCAAAGAAGAGCAACACAUACACAUCUGAGUCUCGUAACACACAGAGCUCAGAGUGCAGAGGUUCAUGUGGAAGUACAGCACUGCUCAGGAACGGAAUAAAUAUGGAUUUUACUCGGUUGUCGUGGCUUCUUCUGCCGCUUUUCGUCUGCUGUUUUUCUGUUUCUUCAGGUAUCCCUAAGGGAAGGGGAUUCAUUGGGAUUAUAGACCCAGAAAAUUCUGACCAAGUUGUUGUGGACCAUAAGACAGCCGCCACACUCAAGAGCAACGUUACCACUGUCUUUUUCCCAAUCAUUUACAUUAUCAUCUUUGUGAUCGGUCUUCCCGCCAAUGGCAUGGCCAUCUGGGUGUUUCUCUUCAGGACUAAGAAGAAACACCCAUCAUCCAUCUACAUGGCCAACCUGGCUCUGGCUGACCUGCUUUUUGUCAUCUGGAUACCACUAAAAAUUGACUAUCAUAUUAAGGGCAAUGAUUGGGUUUACGGCGAGCCUCUGUGUAAGGUUCUUGUGAGCUUCUUCUAUGGAAACAUGUACUGCUCGGUUCUCUUCAUUACCUGCCUCAGUGUGCAGCGGUACUGGGUGGUUGCUUAUCCACUUUCCCACCGGAGCAAGAACAACAAAUUGGCUAUCUGCGUCUGUGUGGCCAUUUGGGCUUUCAUCUGGCUGACCUCUACCCCUCUUUACCUGUAUAACCAUACUGCCAAGCUCAAAGACCCUAACAUUACCACCUGUCAUGAUGUCAACAUCAUACACGACCCAGAAAAUCCCUUCCCCUCCAUCCAGCUCCCGUACUACUAUUUCAUCUUCAUGGGAAUGGUUGUGUUCCUGGUGCCGUGCAUUAUCAUCAUUGUUGCCUAUGUUCUAUUGCUCAAGGCCCUUGGAAACAGCAUGGAGGAAAGUUCAGCAUCAAAGAACCGACACAGGGCUGUGGUGUUGAUCGUGACUGUCCUGGUGACAUUUCUGGUUUGUUUCGUCCCCAGUAACAUCAUGCUGAUUGCACAUUAUUCACUGCUUAAGGAUGGAGAGAUAAAUAAUGGCUACGGCUUCUACAUCUCCACGUUAUGCAUUGCUGGACUCAAUAGCUGCCUGGACCCUUUCAUUUACUAUUUUGUCUCUGAGGACUUCAGAAACCACGUGAAGAACACUUUGUUGUGCCGGAGCAGCAGGACAGUGGAGAGGAUGAGAGUGUCCUUCAGCUCCAUGCAAUACUCCCGAAAGAGCAAGGCAUACGUAUCUGAGAGUGGUAACACACAAAGCAGCUCAUGCUAGCUCCCUGAAGGAGAGCCAUCACCCGUCCGCCCUGUACUCUCAUGGAAAGACAGCACACAGGCUGUGUGAGAGAUUGAGACUCAGAUAGACACAUAGACCUGUGUCCAGCGCAACUACUUGAAGCAUUGCCAAAGAUGAACUUAAAAUGCAGAUGUUAGUGUAAAUACAAGAGCUUUUUUGCACCCCGUUCGCCACCAUUGAACUCCACUGAGAAAUGUUUUACUGAAGAGUGUCGUUUUUCUGCUACUUGCUUUUUAUUUUCCUAGAUAUCACUAACUUAUCCAAGCAUAGCUUUAACAGACCAUGUGAGCUCAUUUCCAUUAUUUACCCAAAGUGAUUUUGCCAUUGUUGCCACUACGUCAAAAUAAGGUUCUUAAAUAGAACAAUUAAGUGCAAAACACACAUGCGAGAUAUUGCACGCUUGUACUUGAUUGAACUAGAUUUUAUUUGAGAUUGACUCGUUCUAGCAGAGUGUAUCUAUGAUUAGGCAGCAAAAGAAUCUUAAAGUGUGCAGAAGAUUAGUGUCUGAAUUUACAGCAAAGUUACAACUGUUCUGUCACCAUGACUUAAGUUUAAUCAACAACAGCAAAAUGUUUUUCAUUAUCCUGUGUUUUUUUCCGUCUUCUUCCUAACAUAAGUUUUAUGUACCUGUAAUGAUAUAUUUCUGCUUAAAUAUUUGAUUAUUAAUGAUGACGAUGACGGGAUUGUUACAGCUAGUUUCUUAAAUAAACAGUAAAACCAAACAGUUUCUGCGAAACUUCUUGAUGGAAUUGUGCAACUGAUUAACCCUGAUCAUAACCGUGUUAAAUGAGUCACGUUUACUUCCAGCCUGCAGCUGAACACAAAUGUAGGUGAGAGGAUCAACCCUAAUAUCCUUUAAAGAUUUAAGGAACUGUUGGAAUGUGCUGCAAUGACUCAUCUGG